UGUAACACUGGCUUCAAUUUGGUUGGAGACUCAAUACUGACGUGUGGUCCUGAGGGCCAGUGGAGUGGCAACCCUCCUGUAUGUGAGGCUGUCCAGUGUCCUCCCAUUGGAAGUCCCGUGAAUGGCUCACUGCUAAUAUCUGUAACUGGUGUUUAUCAAGACACUGCACUAUAAUUAUGUGUUCGAGGAUGGUUUCAAUCUGGUCGGCAUGUCAGAGCGUGUUUGUCAAAGUGAUGGCACAUGGAGUGGAUCUGCUUCUGCCAAAUUGCGUUGCGGCUCAGUACAAAUGUUCACUCAAACUGGAGGCUGAGGAUGGGAGAGGAGGUCUCAGACAACCCAGAAGUAAGGCCUCUGGCGGGAUUGCCAUAGUGCUGUUCGAAAAUGAAGAGAAUAUCCAUGAGUUGGUCUUCACUUCAACCAACAAUUCCUGCUCCAUGGAGCUGUUGAGUGUUACCUAUUCUAAUGAUGGUGAUGCCGACAGCAUUGAGAUAUCUCUUAACAAUUCCCUCUUGGCGAACUUUAAAACGUAUGAACAUCACAAUGAUGGCCACAACUGGAACGCUUUUCGCACCGAAGAUGGUUUUCAAAUGAGACAGCCAGUAAACGACGGACACACACAAUUGGAAGUUGCUGCAAGGGAGCUAGAAAAUGUGAGAAAUCGUGUUGAGAUUGACUUUAUGUUGGUUCAGGUAGAGUGUUUUCACGAACUUCUCCCCAUUGAA